GAAAAUCAACCACUUCCCUGGAAUGACAGAAAUCUGCCGCAAAGAUCUGCUGGCUCGGAACCUCAACCGCAUGCAGAAACUCUAUCCUACCGAGUACAACAUCUUCCCCCGCACCUGGUGCCUCCCUGCAGACUUUGGGGACUUCCAGUCCUAUGGUCGUCAGCGAAAAAGCCGCACUUACAUCUGCAAGCCAGACAGUGGCUGCCAGGGACGGGGCAUCUUCAUCACCCGAAAUCCCCGGGAGAUCAAGCCAGGAGAGCAUAUGAUCUGCCAGCAAUACAUCUCCAAGCCCUUCCUCAUUGACGGCUUCAAGUUUGAUAUGCGAAUCUAUGUCCUGAUCACGUCCUGUGACCCUCUUCGGAUCUUCAUGUAUGAGGAGGGCCUGGCCCGCUUUGCCACUAUGCCCUACAUGGAGCCCAGCCACGGCAACCUGGAUGACGUCUGCAUGCACCUGACCAACUAUGCUAUCAACAAACACAAUGAGAAUUUUGUCCGAGAUGAUGCUGCGGGCAGUAAGAGGAAGCUGUCAACGCUCAACGCCUGGCUGCGAGAACACGGCUACGACCCCCGAGAACUGUGGAGGGACAUCGAGGACAUCAUCAUCAAAACCAUCAUCUCAGCCCAUUCUGUUCUUCGCCACAACUACCGAACGUGUUUUCCCCAAUAUCUGACUGGAGGUACAUGCGCCUGUUUUGAGAUCCUUGGUUUUGACAUCUUGCUGGACCACAAGCUGAAGCCCUGGCUGCUGGAGGUAAACCACUCUCCAAGCUUCACCACCGACUCCCGCCUUGAUCGAGAAGUGAAAGAUACCCUUCUCUGUGAUGCCAUGACCCUUGUCAACCUCCGUGGCUGUGACAAAAGGAAGGUGAUGGAGGAGGACAAGCGGCGAGUCAAGGAGCGGCUUUUCCAGUGCCACCAGCAGCCACGAGAAGCCAGGCGAGAACAAAUUGAGUCGUCCCACGCAGCAAUACUGGACCAGGAGCGCUAUGAGGAUUCCCACCUCGGGGGGUACCGGCGGAUCUACCCUGGGCCUGACAAGGAGAAGUACACGCCUUUCUUCAAGCACAAUGGCUCCCUUUUCCAGGAGACUGCUGCUUCCAAGGCCAGAGAGGAGUGUGCCAGGCAGCAACUGGAAGAGAUCCGCCUUAAGCAGGAACAGCAGGAGACCUCAGGCAGUAAGAGGCGAAAGGAAAACAGGGACCAGAACCAGGGCGAAUCAGCAGGGGAGAAGAGCCGAUCCAGGGCCGGGCUCCGGGGACUUUCCACCCACUUGGCUUACAGGAACCGGACCCAGGAGAAAGAGCUACUAUCAGUACACCUGGAUACCAGGCAUCCUCAGGAAAUUGUGGAAGAAGAGGAGCUGGAGCGAGUGAAGGCCCUGCUACAAAGGGAGAAUCUCAUCCGAAGCCUCGGUAUUGUAGAGCAGCUCACGCGCAUGCUGCACCCCAGCCACCAGGGCCAGAAAAAACUUCAUGAGUAUCGGCCCAAGAACUUCAACUGGAUAGGAGAUCCAGCAGCCAUCGGCCCCUGUUCAUUGUCAGUGAAGACAUCUGGAGGGCGCUCUUUUUCCAGUGCCAGAGUCAGGCUCACUAGCCGUAAGUAUGCGAAACUAGCUUUGGUCACUCUGACUUGUGUAAAUUCCCCCUAGCAAACAUCACAGCUGGGAUGUUCCCAAAAUAUAACAUGGCACUUCCACCAGUGUGGGAAUGGGAUAGGUAGUGGACCGUGGUAGAAAUGGCAGAAUUACAGUCCCAGCACUCAACAAACAU